AAAAGAUAAAUCACUUGGGCCAAGUAUGUAUGUAGAUUCGAUAGUCUUGGGCUCUUGGUUUGUCUACUAUUUAGGCCAGGCCAGGCCUGGUUUGCUCUAUUGGGCUUUUUUGUAAUUUCUCAUGUUUAAUUGCCCAUUUGUGAAACCAACACCCUCUAACAACCAAAAGUAUAUAAAGUAAAAACCCCUUCGCUGAACCGCUUCCUCUUCCCGCAGCCUCCGAGUUUGCUUAGGGUUUUCAACAUUUUCUCGGAAAAACCAAAGAGGAACCGAAAAUGGUGAAAUUUCUCAAGGCAAACAAAGCGGUGGUGCUCCUGCAGGGACGAUACGCGGGGAGGAAAGCCGUGAUCGUGAAAUCCUUCGAGGAAGGGACACGUGACAGGCCGUACGGGCACUGUUUGGUUGCGGGGAUAGCCAAGUACCCGAGCAAGGUGAUCAGAAAGGACUCGGCGAAGAAGACGGCGAAGAAGUCCCGGGUCAAGGCCUUCGUGAAGCUCGUGAACUACCAGCACGUGAUGCCGACGCGCUACAACCUGGACGUCGACCUGAAGGAGGUGCUCACGGUGGACGCGUUGCAGACACGCGACAAGAAGGUGGCGGCGAAGAAGGAGAUCAAGGCCCGGUUGGAGGACCGGUUCAAGAGUGGCAAGAACCGGUGGUUCUUUACCAAGCUUAGGUUCUGAGUCGUUGGCUCCCUCUCUAUGUUUUUCCAAUUUUGGUUGUUAUGUGAUACUAGCAUAUAAUUUUGAGGAUUAUUAUUGCGAGUUUUGUUUUAAAUUUGUGC